UUUCAUGCCGGGCACAUUGGGAACACCCAGCCUGGAGCUGCCCUGCCGACCAGGCCUGACCAAGAAGGGCAACUUUGGUAGUACUAGAUAAGCUGUGUAUAGGUAUCUCAAAAGCAGCGCAACCAUUCGAUGAAUUAAUUGCUAAUGGACGAUAGAAUUGGAGUAAACCAACGAACGCAUUUAAAUGUAAUAAAGGAUGGAGUGGCAGCCAGAUGAGCAGGGACUCCAGCAGGUCCUCCAACUGCUCAAAGACUCACAGUCACCCAACACAGUCACGCAGAGAGCUGUCCAACAAAAACUUGAACAACUCAACCAGUUCCCUGACUUCAACAAUUAUCUUAUCUUUGUCCUCACCCGACUCAAAACUGAAGAUGAGCCAACUCGCUCUCUCAGCGGCCUGAUUCUGAAGAACAAUGUUAAGGCCCACUAUCAGAACUUUCCCUCAGCUGUUGCCGACUUCAUCAAGCAGGAAUGUCUCAACAACAUCGGCGACCCCUCGCCGCUCAUCCGUGCCACAAUUGGCAUCCUGAUCACUACUAUUGCCUCCAAGGGAGAGCUACAGACAUGGCCUGAGCUGCUGCCCCAGCUCUGCAACUUGCUCAACUCGGAAGACUACAACACCUGCGAGGGCUCGUUUGGAGCACUGCAGAAGAUCUGUGAGGACUCGUCGGAGCUGCUGGACAGUGACGCUCUGAACAGACCCCUCAACAUUAUGAUACCUAAAUUCCUUCAGUUCUUCAAGCACUGCAGCCCCAAGAUUAGGUCCCAUGCCAUUGCCUGUGUGAACCAGUUCAUCAUUGGCAGAGCCCAGGCCCUGAUGGACAACAUUGACACCUUCAUAGAGAGCCUGUUUGCGCUGGCAGCAGAUGAGGACUCCGAGGUUCGAAAGAACGUGUGCCGAGCCCUGGUCAUGUUACUGGAGGUCCGCAUCGACCGCCUCAUUCCUCACAUGCACAGCAUCAUCCAGUACAUGCUACAGCGGACCCAGGACCCUGAUGAGAACGUGGCUCUUGAGGCCUGCGAGUUUUGGUUGACUCUAGCAGAGCAACCCAUCUGUAAGGAUAUGCUGUCUGGACAUCUGGUGCAACUGAUACCUAUCUUGGUAAAUGGGAUGAAGUACUCAGAGAUAGACAUCAUACUGUUAAAGGGUGAUGUGGAGGAGGACGAGGCGGUACCAGACAGCGAUCAGGACAUCAAGCCCCGUUUCCACAAGUCGCGCACUGUCACCUUGCAGCACGAAGGAGGGGAGGGUGAGGAAGGUGAGGACAUCGAGGAAGAUGACGACGACGACGAUGACACGCUGUCAGACUGGAACCUGCGAAAGUGUUCAGCCGCCGCCCUGGAUGUGCUGGCCAAUGUCUUCCGCGAUGAGCUGCUGCCCCACCUCCUGCCGCUCCUGAAAGGCUUGCUCUUCCACCCCGACUGGGUCAUCAAGGAGUCUGGCAUCCUGGUGUUGGGGGCCAUAGCUGAGGGCUGCAUGCAGGGCAUGGUGCCCUACCUGCCAGAGUUGAUCCCCCACCUCAUCCAGUGUCUGUGCGACAAGAAGGCCCUGGUACGCUCUAUUGCCUGCUGGACCCUGAGUCGCUAUGCACAUUGGGUGGUCUCCCAGCCCCCCGACUCCUACCUCAAACCCCUUAUGACAGAGCUUCUGAAACGCAUCCUGGAUGGCAACAAGAGGGUGCAGGAGGCCGCCUGCAGUGCAUUUGCCACCCUGGAGGAGGAGGCAUGCACAGAGCUGGUACCUUACCUGAGCUUUAUCCUGGACACGCUGGUCUUUGCCUUUGGGAAGUACCAGCACAAGAAUCUCCUCAUCCUCUAUGAUGCCAUAGGAACUCUGGCAGACUCAGUGGGUCACCACCUCAAUCAGCCUGAGUACAUUCAGAAGUUGAUGCCCCCCCUUAUUGCCAAGUGGAACGAGCUGAAGGAUGAAGACAAGGAUCUCUUCCCACUACUAGAGUGUCUGUCAUCAGUAGCCACCGCCCUGCAGAGUGGUUUUCUGCCUUACUGUGAGCCUGUCUAUCAGCGCUGUGUCACACUAGUCCAGAAGACACUAGCUCAGGCUAUGAUGUACAACCAGCAUCCAGACCAGUAUGAGGCUCCCGACAAGGAUUUUAUGAUCGUGGCCCUGGAUCUGUUGAGCGGCCUGGCUGAGGGUUUGGGGGGCAAUGUGGAACAGCUGGUGGCUCGCUCCAACAUCAUGACCCUUCUUUUCCAGUGCAUGCAGGACACUAUGCCUGAAGUGAGGCAAAGCUCUUUUGCUCUGCUGGGUGAUCUAACCAAGGCCUGCUUCCUCCAUGUGAAGCCUUGUAUUGCUGAGUUCAUGCCAAUCCUGGGGCUCAACCUGAACCCAGAAUUUAUCUCUGUGUGUAACAACGCCACCUGGGCCAUUGGGGAGAUCUCCAUGCAAAUGGGCCGAAGUGUCAAGCAGCAAACAGGGGAUUGUCCAGGUGCAGAGAUGCAGCCUUAUGUGGGCAUGGUCCUGCCUCACCUGGUGGAGAUCAUCAAUAGACCCAACACACCCAAGACUCUGCUGGAAAACACAGCCAUUACGAUCGGCAGACUGGGUUUUGUCUGUCCCCAGGAAGUGGCACCACAGCUGCAGCAUUUCAUUAGACCAUGGUGCACAUCUUUGAGGAAUAUCAGAGAUAACGAGGAGAAGGACUCAGCCUUUCGGGGAAUCUGUGUAAUGAUCGGUGUCAACCCUGCAGGAGUGGUGCAGGACUUCAUUUUCUUCUGUGAUGCUGUGGCCUCUUGGGUCAGCCCCAAGGACGACCUGAGAGACAUGUUUUGUAAGAUCCUUCAUGGCUUCAAGGACCAGGUCGGGGAAGAGAACUGGCAGCAGUUCUCUGAGCAGUUUCCUCCUCUGUUGAAGGAGCGCCUGUCGGCCUGCUAUGGCGUCUAACCCAACCUCCCCUUGGUCCACAGAGGACACCGACCUGUUAGGUUAAUGUAGGGGAGGGUUACUGGGGAACUCAUUGCACUGCCCAGAUCACGGGGGGGAGAAACAAGAGCUGGAGGGAUGUGACUGGCCUUGACCCUCCAUUCAGCGGACGGCCCCCUUUCCCCCUGCGCCCUGUGUGUCUCUGUUAGGGAGGGUGGGAGGAGGGUGGUGGGUGUGGGAGGGUAAACUGGGGAUAUUACAUAUACCUCUCGGAUUAAACGCCUCACUAAAUCCAAACACGCUCAAAAGUGACUUUCGCCAACAGCACUGCAGGGAUCCUAGGUAGGUGAGGACAAAAUAGGGGCUGGCUUUGACCUCCCCCUCCUCGAUUUGAUUAUUCUGUUAAGAUGGAUGACGGCUGGGAGGGGAGGGGGGUUUGGCAGAUAGGUACAUAAUAAGGAAUUAUCUGAACCAGCAUAGGGUGCCACAGUCCCAAACACCACAAUGCACGUAGUCAGUAGAAACUCACGGAUGUAGAUGUGUUUAAACAGGCUCGUGCCAGAGGCUAAACAAAAAAUCAAAACAUGCUUUUACUAUGUAACAGUGCAGGAAAUGUGCACAAAUCUUUUGCACCUUUUACGGCAAAAUUGCAUAAACCAUUUGGUGUGCAUAUACAUGGGUCUUAUUCUCUUUUCACAUGUACAUUUAGCUGAAUUUAAUUUCCCUCCUCUUCCCUUGGUUGCUGAAUUCCUCUCAGAUCAUUUGUUUCUUUUUCUCCCUCAUUUGAGGAAAAAAAAGAUGCAGUAGCUCUGUCCUCUAAGGUUUUACCACCAUAGUACCAAGUGGUUGCAUGGCAUACGAUCACCUCCUAAGUGACGCAUGUUUGAGUGAAUGUCUGUCUUGUUGCACUCUUGAUUUAUCGCAUUAGUUGUCAGUAUGGGGAGGCUGCCAUAAUUUGAAGCUGUCAGGUGCUUAGUUCUUUUGUCCUCCCAUUCAUACCUAUCAUCUAACCAAUGUCUACAGUUUAAUGGAGGCUGUGUGUGUUUGUUUGUUUGUGUGUGUGUGUGUGUGUGAGAUGACCAACUUGUUGGUAGAUCAGUACAGGAAUUGGCUCAUGUCUGAUUGUUUGGAGAAUCCCUCACUGAAACAAGACUUCAAAUACUGUAGGCAAAGGCGAGAAUCCUUUUUUCUGCUGCUGCUGCUGCUUUGUUUUUAGAGUAUUUACAAAACGAACCUAAUGAGAGCGAUAAGACAUCACCAAGAAUGAAUUGGUUCUUACUGAUAUAAAUGCACUUUUUUCUUUUGUAAGAAAUUUAGAAUUUCACAUGUAAAGACGUACAGUAAUGAUAUACUGAUCUUGAGAUAUAGUUUUUUUUGGAUAAGUGAUUUUAGGACUGUUAACGGCUUGCUGAAGUAAGCAUAAUGUUGAUAAUGUUAAGCAAUGGUAAAAUGACUAGGGUAAGACUUGAGGCCUCUUAACAUAGUUUUAUAAUGUAGCGCCUUCUAAAAUGAAUAGGAUUAAAGAAGGAAACAUCUUAAUUACAGUAUUUUGGAUCCAUGUUAAUGCGUGUCAAUCCAUAUCUGUGUUUUAGGAUGUCCCCGUCUUUUUCAUCAGAGCUUUUCAUUAAAUUAUGGCUACUUGGGCCAUCACAGCUUCUUGUCAUGAACAUUGCAUGCUUUCCAAUAAGCCUUGCUCCUUUUUUUUAGUCAUUUUAUAACAGAUCCCUUCGGAGGGAUCUACCUUAUAAGAGCUUUGUCAAUGGCAACACAACUCAUGGCUGGACUAAUAAGGUACUUCUCCAGCUUAUGAUCAAACUUGUGGUUGUUGUUGCCAUAUCUUCACCCGUUAAUACUGUGUAGGUUAUGCCUGGGAAUACACUGACCCUGAGUCCUAAUAGUUUUCCCCUGACACUGGUUAGCUUGUGUGAGAGAGUGGUGGUCUUUAUCCAGCUUUAUCUUUUAGUCAUUGUCCAUAGUGGACGGUUGUAAUGUGUGUAUGGCUGUUUGCCUGUUGGUGUUUUACUAUAAUGGUGUGUACACGAGUACUGCUUAGAUGUAACUUUGCACCAGCCCUACUCUGAAGUUAAGCACGUGGCUUGAGUCAUGCCUGGGUUGACGUAGCCGGUGGGGGGAGUAUCAACGUUUGCCUACCAGUUAAUAUGAUCAGUGUAAUUGUCAAGGUGCUUAGAACUCUUAAGAUGAAGACUUUCUCUUAUUGAAAAAUACUAACAUCUAUUCCUGCUUGGUUAAAGGACCAGUGUGUAGGAUUUGGUGGCAUCACCAACUGAAUACUCUUCCCCUCACCCCUCCCUUUCCAAAUAUGUAGGAGAACCUACGGUGGCCUUCAGGUGUCGUAAAAAUUCAGAUGGCUCUCUCUAGAGCCAGUGUUUGGUUUGUCUGUUUUGGGCUACUGUAGAAACAUAACAAACUGCUCCCUAUGUAGAUAUGUAGGGCUUAUUCUAAGAUAAUGGAAACACAACUAAUAAAAACAAAGUUAUGAAUAUUAUGUUUAUUUUCUGCCAAUAGAUCCCCCUAAAGCCUACACACUGGUCCUUAAAAAUUGUCCUUAAAAUCGGCUCACAUUUACAGGUUAUGUGGUUAUGUAUUUUUAUAGAAUCCGCAUUAAUUUGUGUUUUUUUCCUCAACAAAUGUGACACAGAUUUUUCAUUCUGUCGUAGCACAAAUGUUGCCGAUGUCUAUGUGUGUUUUUUGAAUCCUGACCACUUUUCUAAGCCGCAAAGCCCCUCAGGCUGAAUGCUGAUGGCAUCUUCUCCAGGUUUAACUGGCUGGCGAGUGUUGAGAUGUGAGGUGGCCGCUCAUUCAUCAGGGGCUGGACAGAUGUGCUUGGAGCAGCAACUGGUGAAGCAUUAAUUAGAAGAAUGUUUCAGAGGGAUGAUGCUCCUGUGCCACAAUGAAUUGAAGAAAGAAAAAUAAGCAAUUGAGGCUUUACCACUCCUCGCCAUGUUGAGAUACACUAAGCUAUAUACAGAAGUAAAUCUAAAUGCAAGUUGUCCACAAGUUUGUUUUUUUUUGUUUUGUUUUUUUAAUUAUUUUUUUUAAUUUUUAUUUACAUGUGACAGUUUUGUUUUUAUUUAUUUUGUUUAUUUGUUUUAUUAUUUUUAUUUUUUGUGCUCUAGUGCACAAAUUGUUUUGGACUUUAAAAGUUAUUUUUUUUGUUUUUCGUUUUUAUUCUUUUUAUUUAAAGAAUAUUUUGUUUUCGUUGUUUUAUAGCGGACCAUUUGAUGAUGUAAAAUUUGAUUUUGUGGUUGGACUGAAGGAGAGUCAGUGCUUGGUGCAUACCUUAGGGAAGAAUGUGGAAAACUAAUUCAUAACUUGUUUCAAUCUGAUAUCAAGGCUGGCAAUUGACUUUGAUGUAGUACCUUUUAUUUUCGCUGAACUGUGGUGCAGGUGGGAUGUAUCCCUUUUUAUUUAAUUUUUGUGAAUAGGGGAAAAUAAAAGUUUUUUUCUAUUAAGCUUUGA